AUCGCAGAUUCUCCCACCCUCAUGUUACGGUUUAUUUUCGUGGAUUCUUGCAAUUAAUUCUUCCAUACAUUCUAUAAGGAAUGAACAGCGUUGGAUCUGAGUGUAAUGACUUGAAGAAAGAAUACGAUUCUUGCUUCAAUGUGUGGUAUUCGGAGAGCUUCCUCAAAGGGGACUAUAAAAGUGAUCCUUGUAGGGAGCUGCUGAAGAACUACAGAGCAUGUGUUUUGAAUGCCAUCAAGGAGAAAAAUAUAGAUCUUUCAGAUAUUGAAACAGAUGUCCUUGGCACUGACAGAGAAAAGCAACCCCCUCCAGAAAAGUAAUUAUGUUUCGCAAAAUUGUGCAGAGUCAUCGUCAACAUAAGCAGGUCAAGAUACACGUCUCUGACAGAAGCCAAGAAACAAAUUGUACCUGGCAUGAAAUCAAACACAAUUAUCUGAGAGCCUUCUGACAGGAUUUAUCACAUGGCAAAGUGUUCGGAAGUUUGAAGUGGGAAGUGCUUGGCAGUCAUUGAUAAAGUCCUAAAUCUUGUAAAAAGGUGUCCUUAGCCCAUUACACAUGUGUGUACCAAUAUAAAUACAGUAUCUCAAAGGAGAGCUAUGUUCUGAUCCCAUCCCACCAUUGAUUGCGAAUAGUAGAGGUGUAAACCACCCUGUUUCGACAUAGAACACUUGCUGCUCCUCCUGGGCCCAGUUGUACAAAGGGCAGAUAAUGCUACCCAAUGGAUGAAUUACUAUUCAGCAGAUAAGUAAGAACAAAAUGCGCUGUGCUAUCCAAUGGAUAAAGAUUUGUCAAGUGUAUAGCAUUAUCCAAUCUUCAAAUAACCAGGACCAGCUCUUUGAAGAUGGUGUAAUAAAUUCAUGGAAUCAAAAGCAGCUCCUCGUGCAUGCAGUAAAUGCUUUUGGUGAAAUUAGGACUGGUGUUGAUUUUAUCUCUGGGAAAUCUUGCGUUUUUGUUUAGAGUCUUUUUCUUUUUGUAAUCUUGUGAGUGGUUCUUAGUGUAGAGUGAACUUUUUACAAAGUAAUGGUAAUUAUUAUGAACAACUGUGAUUAAAAUUGAUUAUCUUGUUAAUUUGUG